GACAGAAUGUGAAAUAUGACCCCUAGUGGUUUUGACAGUUGGUGCCGUGGAAAAAACGUGAUUUUAUGGUGUUUAAAUUUUGUAUGUUGUGAUAAAAUUGAUAAAUAAUGGACUAAUACGAGCAUUAAUAGACUCAAAAUGGCUUUCAAGACCGCAUUCACGGCAGCCCUAAAGGGGCUGACGUCGGUGGACCCCAAUGGCGUGCAGUUUUUAUUGUUUAGCGACGAUGAUAUCCGAAAACUCAGUGUUGCGAAAAUAACUAAUACCCAGACGUUUGACUCAAUGGGUAACGCUACAAAAGGGGGGCUUUAUGAUCCCGCGCUAGGACCUAUCAGAGACAGAAACGAGCUAUGUGGAACUUGCAGCAAUCCUCUCCUUCAUUGCCAAGGGCAUUUUGGACACAUUGAACUACCUUUGGUCGUAGUCAACCCCUUGUUCAUUAAAAAUAUCUACACACUGUUCCGAAUCAGCUGUUUAAAAUGCUGCAAAAUGCAACUAAAUGACAAAAUGAAAACUCUCUUGACGCUUCAGUUGCAAUUAGUGGAUGUUGGGCAGGUGACUGCAGCUUUAGACCUGGAAAAUCUGUACAACAAUGAUGCUAUUUGGGGAGAUAAAAAAGACAAUGUUCCCAAAAUUAUCAGGAAAUAUCAAAAACUAUUAAAACAAAAUGAUCCGGUGGCUGAAACUUUUAGUAACAAAAAUUCUGAUAGAUUGAGAUCAAAAAUUGUUAAUAAUGUUUUCAAAUCUGUCAGCACAUCAAAGUUGUGCUUGCAUUGUAAAGGUAGAAUAAUAAAAGUGACAACAUCGGAGAACAGAAUAAUGCACACAUUCAUUAGUGAUAACAAGGAAACAAAAGGGAUCAAAAUAUUAAUGCCUGAUGAAAUAAAACGGUACUGUACUUCUAUAGCACAGAAUAAUGAAGAUAUUUUGAAAGAAUGCUUUCCAAUAUUGAAGCAUUCAAAAACAGAUCCUGCGACAAACAUCUUUUUCAUGGAAAUUAUUCCAGUUAUACCACCGUCUUUACGACCAUGCAAUGUGUUGAGGGGUGAAGUUGUUGAACAUCCCCAGAACAAUAUCUACAAGGCAAUUAUGACUAUGUCGUACAAUGCUCGUGCUGUUUUACAAGUACUUGCCUCACCUACUCAGAAAACAGUGGAUAAUUUGGAUCAAGAACCAAGGCAGGCUUAUGAAAGUGUUCACGGUGCCAGUGCUGCUGAAAAACUUCAUACAGUGUGGCAAGAUUUGCAAAAAUAUGUCAACUUUAUCCUAAAUUGUGAAGGCCAAAGCUUAACUAGUUUAGGACUCAAACAAGUAAUUGAGAAGAAAACUGGAGUCAUAAGAAUGCACAUGAUGGGUAAAAGAGUCAAUUUUGCAGCCCGUUCAGUCAUCACUCCAGAUCCUAAUGUGGACAUUGAUGAAAUUGGUAUUCCCGAUGCAUUCGCUACAAAACUCACAUAUCCAGUGCCAGUGACCGAGUGGAAUGUGGAGGAGUUGAGGAAAAUGGUGAUAAAUGGGCCUAAUAAACACCCCGGAGCAGAGAAACUUGAAAUAGAAAAUGGAAGGGUGAUUUUGAUUCCAGCAGAUUCCAUUCAGAAGAGAAAAAGUAUAGCAAAGAGACUGUUGACUCCUGAUGAGUAUAAAAAGUCUAGCCUGAAGAUUGUACAUAGGCACUUAGUUAAUGGAGAUGUUUUGAUAUUGAACCGGCAGCCAUCGCUCCACAAGCCUAGUAUGAUGGCUCACCGAGCAAGGAUCUUAAAAGGAGAGAAAACCCUAAGAUUGCAUUAUGCCAACUGCAAAUCCUACAAUGCUGAUUUUGAUGGUGAUGAAAUGAAUGCACAUUUUCCACAAAAGGAAAUAGCCAGAAGUGAAGCUUACCACAUUAUGUCAGUAAGAAAACAAUAUCUGGUACCCAAAGAUGGCACCCCACUCAGUGGGCUGAUUCAAGAUCAUGUCAUUUCUGGAGUGAAAAUGUCACUAAGGGGAACAUUCUUCACCAAAACAGACUACCAGCAGCUGGUCUUCCAAGCCUUGUCUAACCAUAGAGGAGAGAUUAAACUGCUGCCUCCUACUAUACUGAAACCAAUGGUACUCUGGUCUGGGAAGCAAGUGUUAUCCACCAUCAUUAUCAACAGUAUCCCAAAAGGUAAACCAUACCUUUCUUUGACUAGCAAUGCAAAAAUUAGCUCAAAAGCGUGGCAGAAAACACCCCCAAGACCUUGGAAAGCUGGUGGGUCUAAAUUAGAAGGAGAUAACAUGACAGAGGCUGAAGUGAUCAUACAAAAAGGUGAACUGCUGUCGGGCGUCUUGGAUAAAACCCACUAUGGAGCGACGCCUUAUGGUCUUGUGCAUUGUAUGUAUGAGCUAUAUGGCGGAGACAGUUCCAGUGCCCUGCUCAGCUCGUUUUCAAAGGUGUUCAGCUUCUAUCUUCAAUGGAUUGGAUUUACACUUGGCGUAAAAGACAUUUUGGUUGUGGAGGAAGCCAAUAAAAAACGAGAUGACUACAUCAGCUUGGUGAGAAACACAGGAAAAAUUGCCGCGGCUAAAGCUACUGACUUGCCUGUAGAUGUCGAUGAUAACACAUUGAAGGAAACUAUUGAAGAGAUGAUGCAAAAAGACCCGAAAUUCAGAGCUAAUUUAGAUAGGCAGUAUAAAAAUUUGCUUGAUACACACACAAACAGCAUAAAUACUGCUUGUUUGACAGAGGGAUUGCUGGAAAAGUUCCCGUAUAACAAUCUCCAGUUGAUGGUACAGUCUGGGGCAAAAGGUUCCACUGUCAACACUAUGCAAAUCUCUUGCCUGCUUGGUCAGAUCGAGUUGGAAGGCAAACGUCCACCCCUCAUGAUAUCUGGACGGUCCCUCCCUAGCUUCCCACCUUACGACGUUUCGCCUCGAGCUGGUGGCUUCAUAGACGGACGCUUUAUGACAGGAAUUCAGCCACAGGAAUUCUUCUUCCAUUGUAUGGCUGGUCGUGAAGGUCUUAUUGAUACCGCCGUCAAAACCAGUAGAUCCGGUUACUUGCAACGAUGCCUGAUCAAGCAUCUUGAAGGUUUAAGCGUGGGAUACGAUCACACCGUAAGAGAUGGCGACGGUAGCGUCAUCCAGUUCGCUUACGGUGAAGACGGGCUUGAUGUUCUAAAAUGCCAAUUCCUUAAAGGAAAACAAUUCGGGUUCCUGGAUGUGAACGCCGGUGCUGUUGUCAGCAAAUCUGUCAUCAACACACUGAAAGAAGACUCUGACAACAAAAGCAUUGCAAAAGCGCAAAAAUCAUUAAAGAAAUGGAAGAAAAAACAUGGCGAUCCCUUUGCAAAAGUACGAACGAGCCCGUUUACAGAGUUUUCGAAGGUGGCUCGUAACAACAUUGACUUGGACGAGAAACCGACUGAUGAAACAAGAGACCCCUAUUACUGGGAACUAGAAAAAAUGUGGCGUUCGCUUGAUGAGGAAGAAAGACAACAAUACGCUAGAAAAAAAUGCCCAGACCCCAUCCCAAGCAAAAUAUCGCCAGAAUUCAAAUUUGGAGCUAUAAAUGAGCAGUUAGAUGGCAUUAUACACAGUUAUUUGAAAAACCGGAAGGAAAAUGCAUUCACAAAACUGACUGACAAAGAGAAGUUUACAGAAGUGAUCAACGCUAAAUACCUAGAAUCCAUGGCGGAUCCGGGCGAACCCGUCGGUCUUCUCGCAGCUCAGUCGAUCGGAGAGCCCUCCACGCAGAUGACACUGAACACCUUCCAUUUCGCCGGUCGUGGUGACAUGAACGUGACCCUCGGUAUCCCACGUCUCAGAGAAAUUCUGAUGACGGCGUCGCUCAAACUUAAAACACCAAACAUGGAUAUACCGUUCAAGGACCUUCCUGAUUUAAACAAGAAAGCUGAAAGGUUGAGACAGAAACUGAACAGAGUGACGGUAGCUGACGUGUUGGAGAAGAUUGACGUGGACUGCGAGAUAGUGACUGAGCCGAAUCGACAGUUAAAGACCACGUUGAAAUUCUGGUUCCUGCCAAAAGCGCAGUACAAGACUCAGUACGCGGUUAAGCCGAAGCAAAUUAUAAAUCAUAUGGCUAGGAAAUUCUUUGCGGAGAUGUUCGUAGCGGUGCGGAAGCAAGCUAGGACUUCGAGCGGGGUUGUGUGGUCGGCAGAGAAGAAGAAGCGGCCGCGCCGGCGGGACGAGGACGACGAGGAAGACGUCGGGGAGGAGGCGCCGGCCGAGAAGGAGCCCGCGGCCGACCCCGACGACAGCUCGGACGACGAACCGACCAACGACGACGACGACGCUACUCAGGUGAAGAAGCGAAAUAAAAGAGCAGAAGAACAAGAAUACGAGGAUCCAGAGUCAGAAGACGAAGAAAAGUCAGACGACGAAGAUAUGAAUGACGACCAGGCCGGAGACAAUGAUAACGCGGACAAAGACAACGGCGAAGCGGCCGACGUGUCAGCCGCCGACAAAACAACCAUGCACGAAGUUGUAAGCAAGAUCGACAGCGCUACCAACUACAGUUUCGACACCAAAAACCACCAAUGGUGUGAACUAACCGUGCUCUUCCCUAUAGCAUUCCUUAAAGUCGAUCUAUCACAAGCACUCAGAGACGCCGCUGCAAAAUCAGUCAUACGCGAAGUCAAAAAUAUCAAGCGAGCGAUCACCAACAGGGAAAACAAUGUACUAUUCCUCAAGACGGAUGGUAUAAACAUUGUUGAAAUGUUCAAAUAUGACGAUUUGCUGCACGUUGACAAACUGUACAGCAACGAUGUUCAUGCUAUAGCUCGAACUUACGGCAUCGAGGCAGCUAACAAGGUGAUUAUUAAGGAGAUUAAGAACGUGUUCAACGUUUAUGGAAUUACGGUGGAUCCGAGACAUUUGUCACUGAUAGCGGACUACAUGACUUACAAUGGGGUUUUCGAGCCGAUGAGUCGAAAAGGAAUGGAAGCCUCGACGUCUCCUUUGCAGCAGAUGUCUUUCGAGUCUUCAAUUGUAUUCCUAAAGGAGGCUGUGUUGAAUGCUAAGGUGGAUAAGAUCACUUCGGCGUCGAGUUGCCUGAUGUUAGGACAGCCUUGCAGAUGUGGGACAGGCGCGUUCGACGUACGGCCGCUCAUAAAGCCGAUAAAUAAUAAGAAAAAGUUUGAUGAAGAUGAAUAGAGCUAUUGUACUGCCAUAGUUAAGCCACUUUAUUGUUAAAUUAAUAUGUACAUAACUACCCUCAUUUAUAGCUUUGGGCUGUGAAGGUAACCGAGAAAAUUGAUUUGAUAAGAGGGUGUUAGGAUAACAGUAUACCUUUCUUCUGAAAUGAAAAUAUUUUUAAAUGACUUAGCAAUAAAUGCCAAAAUGUCUAUAA